AGGGCUUGCGGGGGGGGGGGGGUGAAAGCAAAGAGGCUUUUGUUUUUAUUUUUGCCCCCUUUGUUUGCUUGUUUGCACGUUUCUUUUUUUGUAGGCACCUUCAGCUCACGCAUCACCGCGGAUCCCACGAUGAACUCGAGCGCCGCGGGCACGCAGCCCUUCUCCAGUCCCGUGCAAUUUCCUGGUGGAACCACAGUCCUUGUGGAGCUCACUCCAGAUAUCCACAUUUGUGGUCUCUGCAAACAACAAUUCAACAAUCUUGAUGCCUUUGUUGGUCACAAAAGAAGUGGUUGUCAGAUAUCUGGCACAACAGCUGGAGCUACCAGUACAAUGCAGUUUGUGGCUGAAGAAACCGUGCCAGCCUCACAAGCACAAACCGUUGCAAGAACCAUCACAUCAGAAACACAAACCAUCACAGUAUCGGCGCCCGAAUUUGUUUUUGAGCAUGGCUACCAAACAUACCUGUCUGGUGAAAACAGUGAACCUCGGACAGCUACUCUUGUUACCACCCCACCGAAAUCACACAGCAAAAAGCCCAACACAUCAGUGGCACAGAAGAAAUUCAACUGCAGCUACCCAGGGUGUCAGUUCAAGACCUCUUAUGGAAUGAAAGACAUGGAACGGCACUUAAGAACACACACAGGUGACAAGCCCCAUAAAUGUGAAGUUUGUGGCAAGAGUUUCAGUCGAAAAGACAAGCUGAAAAUGCACAUGCGCUCCCACAGCGGGGUGAAACCUUACAAGUGCAAGCACUGUGACUACACAGCAGCUGAGAGCAGCAGCCUAAACAAGCACCAGCGCAUCCAUUCCGACGAGCGUCCUUUCAAAUGCCAGAUCUGUCCUUACGCCAGCCGCAAUUCCAGCCAGCUCACCGUUCAUCUCAGAUCUCAUACCGGAGAUGCUCCUUUCCAGUGCCGCCUGUGCCCUGCCAAAUUUAAAAUCAACUCUGACUUGAAGAGGCACAUGCGUGUGCACACAGGGGAGAAGCCUUACAAAUGUGAGUUCUGCGAGGUCCGGUGUGCCAUGAAAGGAAACCUGAAGUCCCACAUCCGCAUCAAGCACAACGUAGAGAAUGCCUUCAAAUGCCUCAUCUGCAAGUUUCAGUGUGGGAAUAAGACAAGUCUCCGGCAGCAUCUGCGCAUCCACCAGCCCGAGCAGCCCGUGAAAUGCUCGGAGUGCAGCUAUUCCUGUUCCAACAAGGCGACCCUCAAAGUCCACGAGAGGAUCCACUCCAAGGACCGCCCUUUCAAGUGUGAGUUCUGCCGCUUCGACACCAAGCAACGGAGCAAUUUGACCACCCAUGUGAAGAAAACCCAUCCCGAUAAGAUCAGGGUCAGAGAAAAGAUAACAGGUCAAGGGGAAGGAGAUCGGCUAAAGGAAGGCAACUCCAGACAAGUUGCUAAGCUGGAGGCCAGGAAAGCCUUCAGAUGUGAUCUCUGUGAGGCCUCCUUUGUCCGGGAGGACUCUCUGAGGAGCCACAAAAGGCAACAUGUUGACUAUAAUGGAACUAAAACUUCAGAGCUGGCUGUCCUGCAGUUCCAGAUGGACCCCACCUCACACGGUGAUACUCCUAUUACGGUUAGUCAUCUGCAAAUGCCAUUGCACACUUCCCCCUAUGGGGAAGGGCAGGUCAAGAUCAUUGUUGGGCAUCAGCUACCCCAGGGCAACAGCUUGGAACAAGGAGGUCAAGUCAACGUUGUGUCUCCUACCUUAAUAGCUCAGAAUCAGGACGAUCUGUCCAGCAGUAACCAGCUGCAAAUACUGCAGCAGGUGAGCUUAUUGGCUCCACCCCUUCCUGUUGGGUCUCCGGCAGAAAGCCUUUCAGUCAAUCAACCCACAGUCCUUCUCACAACUCACAACCAAGCUGAUGGAAGCACAUCAAACCAGACCUUGAUCUCCACCAUUCCAAUAGGCAGCCAUGAGGUCUCAGCUAACCAGGCCUUCAUCAAUGGCACAGGGAUCAGCUGCUCGGAUUUGGAAGGGCUCAAUGCUUUAAUUCAAGAAGGGGCAGAAGAAGUGACAGUGGUCAGUGCUGGAGAGCAGAACAUCUCAGUGCGAGCAUCAGCUCCACCAAUCUUUUCAUCCUCUUCUCAUUCCGAUGUGCCAAAGCAAACCUACUCCAUCAUCCAAAGUGGAGCCCAUGCGAGUUUAUUGUGUCCUGCAGACUCCAUACCAGAUUAGACUGGAGGCUGAAAAAGUCACUUGUUUGCUCCAUUUUGUUCUAGAGUGCAAUUCUAGAGGAGGCUGCUAAGGGAAGCAGGCAUGGUGAGCCUGGUGCCCCUUUCUCAAAAUGAGCGGAGUAUGCAUUCAUGAGUAAUAUGGUGAUACUGCUGGCUUUAAGGAUGGAUCGUGGUGGGAAUAGAUGUCCUUAGAUGCGGAUAAGUCCGAUUGCACAAGACUCCUUUUUGUCGCUUUCAGGUUUAAAUCUCUUGUUUGGACUAAUAAUAUCUAUCAUGCUUAAAUAAUAUCUCUUUAGCAUAACUUAUCCAACUUUGUUCUAGGCUUAAAGAAAUACCCAGUGAGUCAGACUGCGUGGGAAAUGCUAUCAAUCUUCAAAACUAGUAGUAGCCUUAAUGGGAACCAUUGAAAAUUGUUCAUUGGCUCUUGGGUUCUUCUCCCCUUUCCUUUUUCCCCCCUUUUUUUUCUUUCUUUCAUAUCUCAGACCUUAAAAUCGUGUUGAAUGUAUAAAUGAUAUGUUUUUUAAUAUCGUACUUAUGAGAACAGUCUUACAUUGUAAGCCACUGCUGGAUUGUCCUCCACUGUGAUCAAUGACUUUAGACAGGCUAAAGAACAUUAGCUGGAUAUGACGUUGCAAUAUAAUCCCCCAAAGUGGCGUCGUUCUUCUGUCUUCAAAAGCAGUUUGACAUGUAAUAUUCAAGUCAUGGAGGAAAGUGGGGAGAAAAAUGUCAGUUGUUGUUGACAGUAUUAACUUAAAUUAAGUGACUCAGGGCAGAAGCCGUUUACUACUUUUUGAAUAUCUGAUUUCUAUAUCAAGACUAGGCGGACCAGCUUUUGAAGAACACAAUAUAUGGUGCAGAUGGUCUACAUUGCAUGGAACCACAUCUGCAGCAGACCAGUUUUGUGGUGCCUCAAAUGAGUGCAGCCCAGCUCCAUGUGCAUCAGGGAUCAUCUUUUUUUCCCCAGAUGUAGCACCUACAGGAUACAUUUGAGCAUCACCCUAAACCAGGCCUGUGACUUAGCAUGGAAUGAACUUAUUAUCUUCUUCUUACACCAGUUGGUUUAUGGGAAAUAGAUGUCACUUUUCACUUGGGAGGAGAGAAGCAAGAGUACAGUGUUGUCAAGAGAAGGGGGAAUGUGGCAAGCAUCCUAGCUGGAAAAUGUGCCAUGUUCGACUCGUAACACACAAAAAGUGGGACACUUUCACUAUUUAAUUGAAGUAAAAACCGUUUAGAAAUCCUGGCUUUGUUUGAAGGUUGCCUUCAUUUCAGCAGCAUACAAUCAUGCAGCCUAAAUAGUGUAACCAUAAUGAUUAGAUUAGAUAUUAGAUAGGAUGGCACAACAUAUGUUCCAUUGAGCGUAACUCAACUAUUUAUAUAGUACAGCCUAUUGGUACCAUUCCCAAAGUUGCAGGCAGAUGUAGGGUUUUGUUUAGCAUUUCUCACUGUGCUGUUCUGUCAUUAUAUUACAACACCUUGAUAAAAUGAUUUUCCAGAUUAUGUGCAGUUUAGGGGAAGAAAUGCACUCCAUUUCUGUAGUAUGUAUGUAUGAAGCUAGUAGUGAUUUUUUUUGUCACCUGUAGAUGGUGCUAGAACUCAAGCUGAGGUUUGAGAGGAAGGAAACUAUUAACAGGUACUAUAUACUCUAAAGAGUAUUUCCUGUUAAAAAAAAGUGUAUUGAACUGUUUUGAUUCAGUAUAUGCGCAUGAAUGCUAGCUUAGAAAAGAAAAUACUUCCUGGGUAUAUCCCACUAAGGUACCAAGAUUUCUUCAGUAAGUAAACAAUAACGUAAAACUAGUUAAAAUUUAAGUUUCUUAAAUUUUGGGAUUUAAGUUUCUUAAAUGCUGGAAAUGGAGUAGGUUGAAAAUGUUGCACGUGGACAAGCAAAUGUUUAUACAUGUAUGCUUAGGUAUACAAAUCUAUAUAGGUAUUGUUUGUAUAAAACAAAUGACUGAUUUUUCAGUGAAAAGUUAAGAAUAUAGUCUUGUAUCAGGCAAACGUAAAUCCAUCUAAGGCAAAGGAUGAACAGUCAGAGACUCCAGUGCUACAAAUGAUAUUGGAAAGUUUUAGAUGAGGCCCCAAGAGACUAAUUAAUUAUAUUAUCACAUUAUCAUUGUAAUAUGAGACAAAUGGGGAAAUAGCCAAUAUGUGAUAGAAGAGUAAUACUGUUAAUAUAUUAUUUAAAUGUAAGUUAAAUUAUAUUAAGAGAGUUGUUUUCCUAUCUUUGCUCACUAGGGUUUUUUUCCUGCAUUUGAACAUUUCAAAGGCCAAGCACCACAUUCUUGGUCCUGAAGGGGGUUUCCAUCUCUAGCAUUUUUAGCUUUAUCUAUCGAUCAUGGGUUCUUUGGUUUUACAAAGUAGACACUGCCACUAAAUUACCACAUCUACCAGUUUAUAAUACUCAUCAGCUCUUUUACUGCUCCUAAGUUGCAUGUUUACAACUUAGAAAACUGUAUUUAAAAAAAAAUAGGAAGAACUAAGAUGAAGUAGGGUAAAAGACCUGAAAAACAGAAGGUUGUGUUGCAGUGUUGUGUAUCACACUGACCACAAAAGAGUUUAGGUGAGCCUGGUAGAAGAAGAUUGGGUGCAACCAUGCUUCCUAAAUGGAAUUGUAGAAGGUUAAGAAAAUGGGAGAGGAAGAAAGAAAUUUUUUGUUCUCUAAGGAACCGAUAUUUAGAAAGGAUGUGUUCCCUGUAGCAAGAGAACUUUGAUUCUGGCCUGAGUGGGAACCAGUUGGGGAAUUGGGAAUGGGAUCAGAAGUAUAGUUGUUGGAGGUGAAAGGAACAGGGUGAAUUUGGAUUACAGAGAAGUUGAAAGAGUUUAGAAGAAGGAA